CAGAACCUCUCUCAAGUACGGCCUGCCAAUUUACUUAGGUUUUAAGUGGUUUAAUCCUAUUUUGUAUUUAGGUAGUCACAGCAAAAUGUGGGUGGAGAUAGGAUCGUUGUUUGUGUUGGUGUUGGUGUACGCGGUGCUGAGGGACAGGCGCCCCCGCAACUGCCCCCCUGGCCCAUCGGAGAUUCCGUUCAUCGGCAACAUGCCGUUCUUCGACGAAAAAACGGCAGCUGAGCUACGUAAGAAAUACGGCGACAUCUUCAUGCACCGCACAGGACCAUACCGCACCGUGUACCUGUUCGACUACCACACCGCCAAGGAAGUUAUGUCGCGCCCUGAGAUGUCCGACCGCCCCAGCUACUUCGCCACCUUCAGCCUAGACGACCAGAAACAGGGAGGCUUGGUCUCCAGCAAUGGCGUACACUGGCAGCACGACCGUCGUUUUGUUCUGCGUAACCUCCGCAACCUCGGCAUGGGCAAGAGUUACCUGGAUGAAGCCAUCAACAUCGAAGCCAAGGCGCUGGUGGAAGACCUCAAGAAGUACGGCGGUGAAGCCAUCAACUACCCCGACAGCUUCAGGACUGUGGCGCUCAACAUAAUCUGGCAGAUGGUGGCCAGCACUCGGUAUGACUUGGACUCUAAGGAAGUCGACGCCAUCAGUCGCCUGACGCAACAAUUUCGCGAAAGCUCAUCUGCGCUGUCCGCUUUGCCGACAUUCUUCCCUGCUCUGAACCGCCUGCCCAAGAGUGUCAAAAACUAUCUUUUCCAGUCGGACCUAGCGGGAAAAUUCAUCGAUGAAAUGAAGAGAGUCGUGAUGGAAGCCGUUGACAAGCACCUGGAGGACUAUGACCCCGACAACCUCAGGGACCUCAUAGACGAGUACAUCAAAGACAUGAAGGCCAGCGAGGGUGACGAAAAAUCUUUCUUCAGGAAAGGAGCCCUCUGCCAAAUCGUCAACGACCUCUUCGGCGCGGGCUCCGACACCGUGCAUAGCAUGAUGAAGUGGGUGGCCUACCUGCUCGCCCGGUAUCCAGAGUACGCAACGAGGAUGCAGCAGCAAAUAGACGCCGUCGUGCCCAGGGACCGCAUGGUGUCGCUCGACGAUAAGCCGAGCUUGUGUCUCGUGGAAGCGUUCACAACGGAGGCGCUGAGAUUCUCUUCUAUGGUGGUUGCGAAUGUGCAAAGAUCGGCUUCUAAAGACACCAACAUCAAUGGUUACUUCAUACCUAAGGGCACUGUGGUGACUGUGGCGAACUACUCCAUCCACCACGACCCGCGGUACUGGGACGACCCCCACAAGUUCUACCCUGAACGAUUCCUGGACGACAGCGCCACCAAGUACACGGCCCCCAAGCAGGCCUUCUUUGCCUUCGGUUCUGGUCGGCGUCAGUGCGUGGGGGAGCUGCUGGCCCGCAUGGAGUUGUUCCUCUUCACCGCCGCCAUCAUCCAGCACUUCGACGUGCGCCCCCCGCCCGGCGUCGACAUCAGCAGCAAAGACAUCACCACUGUGCUCGGCCUCAGGCUUCCUUACGAAUACAAACUCGUGUACAAGCCACGAGAGUAAACAACACAAAACUUUUUGCAUUAUUGCGCAUCAUACACGGAGUUAUAUAUGAUAUUCUUCAUUUAUCUGCGUGUCAUGGGAGACCGUAAAAUCAACCAGAAGAUUGAAAAAACAUUUUUCAGCUCUUAUUUAAUCCGUAUGUAUUUUUUAUUUAUACCAUAGGACAUUCAAAGUGUUUGAACAUUUACAUUGAUUAACAUUUCUACGAUGGAAAACCCUUACGAUGGAACCCUUUCUACUUGGAAAAACCCUUAGGAUAUAUGUUCAAUUCGUCUUAAAGGAUUUUGUUAUGGUGAACAUGUGUAACAAAAUUUAAAAAUGUGAAAAUAAUGCUUGGCCUUGCGUGGGAGGUUUGACUGCUAUUGUUAUUCUUACAAUGUUAUUGAUUACUCUAUUGUGCUGUCGUUAUUUUAAUGCUAUAUAGAUCCGUCAUUUGACACGUUUGAGCGCCGAUCGCUGACAGAGUCGUUAUAUCGGAUUUAGAACCUGCAUGUAAGCUAAGUGUGUAAUGAGCAGGAAGGAGCACCAAUACGAAUCACAUGUCACGCCAUAGCCUGGUCCUUACUGGAAUUGGUCAACGUAUCAAGAUCUAAAAAAUUCUAAUUAAAUCACCGUUCUGAGAUUUAUUCGAGAUUUUAAGAAGCUGUUUUGAUGCUGUAAAAAUAACCUACAUAUCACCGAAUAAUUGAUCAUAAGAGAUUUUUAUAAUUUAUGAAGAAUUUUGAAAAAUAUUUCAACGGCUCAUGCAAUACUGCUUGCCAGCUCAGUCUGAAAUGCCAUUUCCUAGCUGGUCACCAUUUACUGCCGCAAAACCACUCGUGCGAUCCAAUAAAUGAAAAAUGCACACGUUUUCCUUGCUCUUUUUAAGCCAUUCAUGAAAAGUAUGAGAUAUAUUCUAUCACAGGAUAACAUUUCACUCGAGCAUUAUUUUGCGUUUGACAGAAUUGAAUUCUAUCCGGGCAAGGGCGUCUAGCCCAGCUCUUCGACUUGUUGACAACGCAUAUCAUGAGAAUAGACUAAGCUUUGGCUUUUGUCACAUAGAAAAUGUAUGUUAUUAUAAGCUGGAGGUGGUAUGUGAUUCUAACAAUCUAAACAUUGAGUGGAAAUUACA